AUGGGUGACUGGAGUUUCUUGGGGAACAUUUUAGAGCAGGUGAACGAGCAAUCCACUGUCAUCGGGAGAGUUUGGCUCACGGUGCUCUUCAUUUUCCGCAUCCUGAUCCUGGGAACGGCUGCCGAGCUGGUGUGGGGAGAUGAACAGUCAGACUUUGUGUGCAACACCCAGCAACCUGGUUGUGAGAACGUCUGCUACGAUGAGGCCUUCCCCAUCUCCCACAUCCGGCUCUGGGUCCUGCAGAUCAUUUUUGUAUCCACGCCUUCACUGAUGUACUUUGGGCACGCUGUGCACCACGUCCGCAUGGAGGAGAAGAGGAAAGAGAGGGAGGAAGCUGAGCGGCGUCAGCAGGCUGAGGUGGACGAAGAGAAGCUGCCCCUGGCUCCAAACCAAAACAAAGGCAACAACCCUGAUGGAACCAAGAAGUUUCGCCUGGAAGGUACUCUCCUUAGAACGUACAUCUUCCACAUCAUUUUCAAAACCCUCUUUGAGGUGGGAUUCAUAGUAGGUCAGUACUUCCUGUAUGGCUUCCGGAUUCUCCCCCUUUACCGCUGCGGGCGGUGGCCCUGUCCCAAUCUUGUGGACUGUUUUGUCUCCAGGCCCACGGAGAAGACCAUCUUUAUUAUGUUCAUGCUGGUGGUGGCUGCCGUAUCCCUCUUCCUCAACCUGGUGGAGAUCAGUCACUUGAUCCUGAAAAGAAUCCGGAGGGCUCUGAGAAGACCAGCAGAGGAACAGCUUGCAGAGGUCCCAGAGAAGCCUCUCCCUGCCAUCACGGUCCCCUCCAUCCCAAAGGCCAAAGGCUACAAGCUGCUGGAAGAAGAGAAGCCAGUGUCCCACUAUUUCCCUCUCACGGAAGUAGGGGUUGAGCCCAGCCCACUUCCAUCAGCCUACAAUGAGUUUGAGGAGAAGAUUGGAAUGGGACCAUUGGAAGAUCUCUCCAGGGCAUUUGAUGAGAGGUUGCCAUCGUAUGCACAAGCGAAGGAACCAGAAGAGGAGAAAGAAAGAGCGGAGGAGGAGGAGGAGCAAGAAGAGCACCCUCGGGAGGAGCCAGGGGUGAAGAAAGCAGAAGAGGAGGUGGUGAGCGAUGAAGUGGAAGGGCCUUCAGCACCUGCUGAACUCACCACCGAUAUGAGACCCCUCAGCAGGCUAAGCAAAGCCAGCAGCCGGGCCAGGUCAGAUGAUUUGACUGUAUGA